AUGCCCAGGUCCAGGUGCACGGAGAGCUGCCACCCUGGGCAAAGCAUGGCCAUCCAGGAAGGGAAGCCGGUGUGCUGCUACGAUUGCCAAGUAUGCCCCCAAGGGAGGAUUUCAACCCAGAUGGAUGCAGACCAGUGUAAGAUGUGUCUGAAAGAUGAGUAUCCGAACGAGGAGCAGAACCAGUGUACUCCUAAAGGAAUAAGCUACCUGUCCUAUGAGGAGCCUUUGGGAGUAGUUUUGUUGUCCUCAGCUCUUGUCCUUUCAGCAGCCACAGUAGUCCUGCUUGUGAGCUUCAGACUGCACUGGGACACCCCCAUUGUCAAGGCCAACAACAGAAGCAUCACAUGCACCUUGUUGUCCUCCCUGCUGCUCUGCUUUCUUUGCUCCUUCUUGUUCAUUGGGAAGCCUGGGAAGGUGACCUGCCUUCUGAGGCAAACUGUUUUUGGCCUUGUCUUCUCCAUUGCUGUGUCCUGUGUGUUAGCAAAGACCAUCACGGUGGUGAUGGCCUUCAUGGCCACUAAGCCUGGAAACAGCAUGAGGAAAUGGGUGGGGAAGAGACUGGCAGCAUCUGUCAUUGUUCUCUCUUCACUCAUUCAAGCUGGCAUCUGUGUUGUGUGGCUGUCAAUUUCUCCCCCCUUCAAAGAGUUGGACAUGCACUCCCAGGUGGAUGCAAUCAUAAUUCAAUGCAAUGAGGGCUCGGACAGCAUGUUCUACAUUGUGCUUCUCUACAUGGGGUUCCUUGCCAUCAUCAGCUUCACGGUGGCUUUCUUUGCCAGGAAGUUGCCUGAUACUUUCAAUGAAGCCAAGCUGAUCACCUUCAGCAUGCUGGUCUUCUGCAGUGUGUGGGUGUCCUUUGUGCCCACCUACCUGAGCACCAAGGGCAAGUACAUGGUUGCAGUGGAGGUCUUCUCCAUCCUGGCCUCCGGUGCUGGCUUACUGGGUUUUAUAUUCCUCCCCAAGAUCUACAUUAUCAUGGUGAGGCCUGAGCUGAACACCAGGGAGCAGUUAGCUAGGAAGAAGAGAUCUUAG